CUCACACCCCAAAACUGACGUGCGCUUUGAAAGUGUUUUUGACCCCCUCACAUUGAAGCAUUAACCCACCACGGCACCGUCACAAUUCUCAUCGUCAAUCACGGUCUCUCUCGUCGAGAGGACACUCUGAUAGCAGAAAUGUCUCUCUAGAAAUGGCACACCACCGUUGAUGUUAAAUUCACAAGCACAUUUCGCGUCUGUCGCGCUUACCUACGUCAACUGCUCCCCGGCACCACUUUCCGUGUACGCUCUCGCAAACAUAAUCUUUAUUGGCAGCACAGCGAGCAAGUUUGGCGAGACUCUCUACAGUUACGAUGCGGCAUCCAAAUCUGGUGUCAUGUAUGGG